CAAUGAAUCAGUGUUGAAUGAAGUUGCAUGUUUGACUCUUAAUUACCUUAUUCUCGUAAUCGUAUUUCUGCAAAAUGGAGUUUCUUUUAGGUAUUCAGGGUCCUGAUUAUGUUCUACUUGCAUCCGACAUGAAUGCAGGAAGAAGUGUUUUCGUGUUCAAACAUGACCAAGAGAAGAUGUUUCCAUUGAGCAGUAAGCUGCUCAUGCUGUGUGCUGGUGAAUCCGGAGAUACAGUCCAGUUUGCAGAGUACAUACAGAAGAAUAUUCAGCUGUACAAGAUCAGGAAUGGUUAUGAACUGUCACCAAAAGCAGCCGCUAACUUCACAAGGAAAAACCUUGCAGACUUCCUCCGUAGUAGGACACCAUACCAGGUGAACCUGUUGUUAGCCGGUCAUGAUGAGACGGAUGGACCUUGUCUGUUCUACAUGGACUACCUUGGCUCCCUCCAACAGGUGCCCUUUGCUGCCCACGGCUAUGGAUCUUACUUCACACUCAGUAUCCUCGACAGGCACUACAGGAGAGAUAUGACACGGGAACAGGCUGUUGAAGUGCUCAAGAACUGUUUAUUAGAGGUCCAAAAGAGAUUUAUCGUCAACCUCCCAACGUUCAAGAUCCGCAUCGUUGACAAGGAUGGUAUUCACGACCUACCCAACCUCCCUAUACCAGCUUCAACAGCCUAGCGUUACCAUGGCAAUCCAUCAACCACAUAUGUUGUAAAUAAUGUAUACUGUAUGUUCUUUUGUUCAUCUGUUGCUCGGGGCCUCCAAGGCCGACUGCUGUGGUGGAUUCAGGCGGGAUUGACACAAUACCAUUUCAAGGGCUCUAUUUUUUGUGCACAAUCAAUUAACAUUGGUAGCCUGCACAGAGUGCCAAAAUAUCUUUAGGCGAUGUGAGGAUGUGUAGUACAGCAAGAUGUAGUUCACUGGAACAACCAAAGAAACAGACGGAAGCUCUCGGUCUAGGUUUGAGAUUACGUCAUUUCAAUUUGCUGUAUUGUUUGUGCACAAUGGUUGGCCCAUUUAAAAGGAUUGUGUCUACCGUAAUCUAGCUGGAUCCGCCACUGGAGUAAGCAUUAUUUUGUGAAAGAGCGGAGGCAAAGAUGGCAGUUUAAAAAUAUUAGUAAUAGGGUCAUGAAAGGUCCCAUUUAAAUGCCUUCUCAAACCAAAUUAUACAGAUGCUAUAGGAAUGACAAAUCAGAAGUCAUUCAGCUAAGAUUGUCUAUCAUCAGCUUUCAUGAUUAGUUUGAUACCAAUAUGGUUUCCCAGAUGUUGUUCAUCAAUUGGAGUGAUAUUGACAAAUACAGAUCAGGCAUCGUUCUUUUCACCUCAUUUAUCCAUAUGAAGUCUGAUAUUUCCCAAAUCUGGAAGUCGGAAGGAAUGUCUUAGACUAGAUUUGAUGGUAAAGCAUAGUUUGAGUGACCAAUGCAAUGAAGACCAUUUCAAGUUUGGUGAACAUGUUGAAGCAAAACUAUUGUAACACUUAAACCUUAAAAUGAAGCUGGUGUUAGGUGAUUAAUUCAUUGGGUGAUUUCAAGUUCAGUGUUGACCUUUUGGUGUUGGUGUUGGAUCAAUUUUUACAUGAUUAUAACACCAACAUAAAAGGAAGAUGGUCCUGAAAAGUCACUCACUAUUUGUUGUGAUGUCAAUAAUGUGAUCUGGAUCAGUUUUACAAACUCUGAAUAAGUUUUUGAGCUUGGGGAGGCAGUCCAACUUUCAACACCAAGGCCAACACCAGAUUUGAAAUUACCCAUUGGGUGAUUUCAAGCUUGGUGUUGAUGUUGGGACAAAACAAGUACCAGCUGUAACACUAAACCUUAAAAUGAAGCUGGUGUUGGGAGAUUAUUGCAUCUAUAGGGGGAUUUCAUGUUUGAUGUUGGAAGCUUUUGUUGAUGUUAUAGAGAAAUUUACAUCAGGUAGAAUACCAAACCUGAAAUGUAACUGAUGCUGGAAUCAAUAUCACAAGUGCUUAACUAAUAAUUAGUUUGGAAAAUUACAAUAAAGUGUGAAUUAUUUUUAUCUUAUUCAUGAAGAAUAUCAUUGCAAAGAGUGUGCAAUUCAAAGAAAUAAUGUUCAGAUGCCUCAAACAAUACCGUAUUUAAAGCACAUUAUGACAUGAAAAGCCAAAUUAAUUUGGUCGCACAAUUGUAUAUGAUCUGAUAAAUCUAUUCUUUACAGUGUUUUUUUUUAAAUUCUCAGUAGAAUUUGAUCAAUUUCUGAUCAUUAUUGGUGAUUUCAAUUCUUGCAGCAGAAAUUGAUUAUAAUGUGCAUUAUAAUAAAUAUUUCCCAAACACUUCGAGACAGACUUCCGCAGUGCAAUUUCAAAACCAGGGUCCCAUAACAAAAAGGUUAGUGAUCGAUCGUAUGCUUGAUUUUUACGAUUGAUUGUACAUUGUGGUCAAUGCAGCAAUCAAUCGCAAAGAUAUUCUUCUAAGAUGAUUGCUAAGCUUUGUGUUACGGUCCCAAACCCAUGAAACACAGAGAUGUGCGAUCAGUCUCUGAAGUGACAAUGGCCAAACAAGAUCUUUGUUGUUUGG